AGGAUCAUUCCUAAUCACAAUGCUAUUUCUAUCAAUCUCCACGUUAUCAAAUAUCUCCAAAUCCGUUCUUAUAUCACAAACUAAUCAUUUAAAUUCCCGUUAAAUGUUGGCCCUCGGGAUGUGAACAGUAACCGGUGAACAGUGCUGGUGAACAGUGACCCCGACGUGAACAGUAAUUCCAACUUUCACAAAUUGGCCAAAACACUAGCUAAUUCCACAGGAUUUUCCUCCAAAAAUCACAACAAUCAAUUAACACUCGAUCACAUAAAUCCCACUUGAAUUAAUGCUUAAAUCUCAUCUAAUUACUAUCAAUUUUCUCCCCUAUUUCCAGCAGAUUUUCGAACACACAAAUCAGCAAAUAAAUGGACAAAUUCGGGGCUUGGAGGGGCUGUCAACAUACCAGAAAAUCCAGCUAAAACCGGAGCUGCAGGGGGAAAAGAGGCCGGCGGCAAAUCUGCAGGGAACUCACGGGUUCACCCAAAAUUGAAGGAAACAAGAGCAAUCAAAGUUAACCCAAGCCAAUUCAAGCAAGAACAAAGGAAAUUAGGGGCUGUUCUUACCGAAAAAUGCCCAGAAAUCACCCACAAUCAAGAGCAGCCGGCGGAAGGACAAAGCAGAGCAGGGCAGAUCCGGCUUUUCCAGCAGAGGAAGGAGAUUUCUGGGUUCAAGAACAAGAAAAGGAGGAGAAAUCCAAGCUUGCUCACCGGUUUCUCAAGGCUGGUGCCGGCGGCUUGCUUGGUUCCUUCUUUUUUUUUUCUUCGGGCUGCAGCGGGAAGCAGAGCAGAAUCGGGCAGAAAGAGAGGAAGAAAGGAAAAGAAAGAGAGGAAGAAGAGGAAAUGAGGAAACGGAAGAGAAGUGGUGAUAUAUAUAAGACAUAUACGGACCGAAACCGGUCCGUAUAAUCCUCAAUGGCGCGCGACACCAAAAAAUUUCAAUUUUUUCGGAAAAAUUCCAAUUUUUCCGGGAAAUUUUUUGGCGCAUUAAUCAUAUUCAGACCGAAAUCGGUCUGAAUAUAAAUAAAUUACCGCAGAAUCAAUAAGAUUCAAAUCAACGGUAAAAAUUUGGCGCAUAAAUUAAUUACGGACCGAUUUCGGUCCGAAUAUAUUCAUAAAAAAUCU